AUGGACUCAGACGACCGCAUCUCCCUCCUCCUCUCCUGGGCCUCCUCCAACGGCGCCAGCCUCCAUCCCUCAGUCCAAAUCUACGACGACCCAACCACCGGCCUGUCAUUCCGCGUCUCCCCCUCCUCCCCCUCCCCCAUCCCCCCCUACGCCCCCAUCGUCAACCUCCCGACAAGCCUCUCCCUCUCCUACCUCAACGCCCUCCACCCCACGCCAUCCUUCCCCCGGUCCUUCCUCGCCAAGUCCCCGCCUCACGUCGUCGGCCGCCUCCUCCUCAUCAAAGAGUACCUCCGCGGCGCCGAGUCCUUCUGGCACCCGUACAUCCAAGCCCUCCCGCAACCCGAGGACGUCGACGACUGGGCCCUGCCCCCGCUGUGGCCCGAGGAGGAGGCCGAGCUGCUCGAGGGCACAAACGUCGAGAUCGGCCUGGACAAGAUCCGCGAGGACCUCGGGCGCGAGUUCCGCGACGCGCAGAAGCUGCUGCUCGCGUCCAACGGCGACGCCGAGGACGACUUUAGCAGCCUGCUCACCCGCGAGCUGUACCAGUGGGCGUACUGCAUCUUCUCCAGCCGCUCGUUCCGGCCGUCGCUCGUGCUCUCGCGGGAGCAGCAGGAGGCUCUUCUUCCGCCGGGCGUCUCCGCCAAUGACUUUUCCGUGCUGCUGCCCGUCUUUGAUAUCGGGAACCACGACAUGACGGUUCAUGUGCGCUGGGACGUCACCUCAGGAGGCCAAGCAGACGCAUCUAGUACAGGUGGCUCGGCCGCCGCCGCCGUCCAGCUCAAGGUCGGCAGGGAGCACAAGCCAGGCGAGCAAAUCUUCAACAACUACAGCCCCAAGACCAACGCAGAGCUGCUCCUGGGCUACGGCUUCAUGCUCCCCAUCACCGACUCCCUGCACAACGACUACAUCCACCCGGGCAGCACCUCGCCAGACGAAUACCUCAUCUCCCUCCGCCCAAUCUCCCACCCGUCCUCCCUCCUCGCAGCCUCCAAGCAGACCCUCGCCGUCUUCCCCCAGGGCCUCCUCGGCGCCUUUACGCACGUCCAGCACGACAUGGUCUGGGACAUUUUCCUCACUCUCCUGCAGCACUCUUCCGUGCCGCUCAUCAAGCUCAUCCCGCUGGACAAAAACACCUUUCCGUCGGAAGAAGAAGCCGUGCGGCAGCGCCAGGAAAAGUUCUUCGCCGGACAGGUCAAUGACGAGUGCCGCGACUUCUUGGAGCAGACCAUUGCCAUUAUUCAGCAUAAAGUCUUGCAGGAGCUCGAGAGGCUGAAUGAGACGGACAUGGAGGUCGUGGGCGAGGACGCGGAGCUGCUGUCGCCGAAUCAGCGGCUUGCGCUCGAGUAUAGGGAGAGGUGUAGGAUGGUGUUGGAGAAUACGCUUGCGGCGAUAGGGGAGGAUGAGGUUAUGCAGGAUGAUGAUGAUGAUGAUGAUGGGAGCGAUACGGCGUGA